GACCGCUCCUCGCCAUUCUUUUGAAGUAACACCACCGGUUAGGUCGUGCGUCUCUAAAGCAAACUGCAGAUAGCACUCACUUCAGCUGCACCAUUUUGGUCUGAGACUUCAUGAUGGCGAUGCUUCAAGCUCUCUCGCUACUGACGGUGAUCGUCCUCGUCGCGGGCGAGUGCCCCGCCGACUUCACCCCGUACAAGAACGAUGCAUGCUACCUAGCAGUAGCUAAGUCAAAGACAUGGCUAGAGGCCGAGAAGCACUGCAACUCGUACACCUCCUGCACCGGGGGCGACAUUGGACAUCUCGCCUCCGUCCACUCCCUGGACGAGAACAACUUCGUGACCAGGCUGUACGAUAUGAUCAGCGUACCGACACAGGGGCCGUUCUGGAUCGGCAUGCACGACCAACAGAUUGAGGGUACCUUCCAGUGGAGCGACGGCUGGUCAGUCACAUACAGAAACUUCGGCCAGUCGAAUCCGGUAAGCAACCUGGCGGAAAACUGCGUCUCUGUUCAGGGUAUGGACGGUCUCCAGAAGGGACAAUGGGGCGAUGAAGUAUGCACAAGGCUCCAUCCAUACGUUUGCAUCAUCCCUAACAAGAAACCCGUACAGUGCCCAGGACAACCAGGACAAGGGGUACCACGUUAAACAAACUAGACUUGAACUCGAGGGUAAUGGGGGUAAUGCUCCGACACACGGCGAGGGACUACGAACUGGUUCACUUUCAAGAAAUCGGACAUCUGACAGAACUGGAUGGUGACCUUUACUUGACUGAGGUCAAAAUGUGAUACCAAGAGAACUGAUGUCUCCGGACAAACCAAACUUUUGAAACUCCAUUUUGCUUCAGUUUACCAUAAGAACCAUUUUAAUAUAUUUUGUGUUAAAUAAUUUAAACAGAGUCACCAACAAUCAGCCCAAGUUUAGGUCUGUCCAGUGCUGCGAAGUUGAACGUUUUGACUACAGGAAACAGUCGUUGUCAUUCCUCCUAACGUAUAGCUGCGGUAGAGGUUCAUACAUUAUAAAACUUGAAGUUUAUGAACGACAUCAACCACGUCAGUAUUAGUAAUUUCAUCUUUAGAAGAAAAGAAAAAGUUGUACGGCAAGAAGAAAGUCAAAUACUGAAAACUAUAGUAUACGAAUGAAUAGAAACUUAUGAAAAAACAAUAGCGCAGAUUAUGUUAUGUUUCACUGGACGUUCUUCCAUCCAAACAUCACUGUCUUUGUUUAUUUUAAAAUAAAGUCAACACGUCAACAACGUUGUUGAGAUCAUUAAACAGUCUUCAACAAAGUAAUUCUA